AUGUCAACAAUCAAUAUAGUAAGAUACUUCUUUCAACGGGGAGUUCUCCCCAAAAAUGCAGCCGAGCGCCAGGGCCUUAUCGCCCUGGCUUACCAGACGGCCCGAGAUAAGGGCCUAUACCCCAAGGCCAUCUUAAUAAGGUCGGGGCUACAUAAGACUACCGGCAGCAGGAGAAAGGCCCGAGUCGAUCCUUUGGGAUGGAAUAUCACGAUGAGCUCAAAGGACAGCGAGCAGUGUGCUAAGAAUACCCACGUAACAUCACACGGUUAUGUAAAGGGUAAAUUCGACCUACAGUUUAUAGGAGCCACCCACGCUGGGGAGAAAAUAGACUCCUGGAAGAAAUUUUUAGGAAAGGCGGUUUGGCCGCCUCAGGACCAGCUGGUCGAAGUGCCGCUAGUGGCCUAUAACUAG